UUGAUAAUGCCCAAGUCCCGGGUGAUCACUUUGGAGAGGUCUUGUCAUCCAGAUUAAUGACUCACUGUACCACUGGACUGACAAUGAAAACCCCGCUCCUCCUGCUGUGUCUACAGCUCCUAUGGCCCUUGUGUGGAGCGAUGAUAACGCCACAUCCUCCUCCAGAACGGGGUGGACCGGAAAAACCGCCAAACCCUCCUCCCAACCAAGACUACCACCCCAUGAACCCCGCAGAUCAACCACACAUAUACUCUCCUCAGCGCUUCCCCCUGACAGAGAAUGACCCGUUUCCAGGGAACAUAUCAUCCCGUUCCUUUGUCCCUGACAUGAGUCAGACAGUGGGUUUGGAGCCCGAUAUGUCCUACUGUCAGAUGCUGCUGGAAUCUCCUGUCCCGCCGCCCAUCGAGAGCGUCCCCUGGUUCUGCCUGUGCAUGAACUGCAAGGGCACUAUGGGACCGAAGGGGGAUCGUGGGGAGAGAGGCCUUCCAGGCCACCCAGGCAGUCCAGGGCCAAGAGGGUUCAGUGGAUUCAGAGGACGACCGGGAUUCGUAGGCCGACAGGGGCUCAAAGGGCAGAAAGGGGAUGACGGAGAGAAGGGCGAUCAAGGUGUCAGUGGUUUCCGGGGAGCGAAGGGAGAACGUGGGCUGAAGGGUGACAAAGGCGACCAGGGUUUGGAUGGGAUACCUGGACUGCCGGGUCCUCAGGGAGAGCCAGGCCAAUGCCCAGUGGUGUGUCAGGGAGAUCUGGGUCUACCCGGGAUGACAGGGCUGCCAGGACCUGCAGGAGUAAGGGGACCGCCUGGGGCAGAUGGCGUUCCUGGGCAUCCAGGACAGAAGGGUGAUAUGGGUAGUAUAGGGGCCCCAGGUCCGCAAGGGACGCAGGGGCCAAAAGGGGAGCAUGGGGCAGAGGGACAGUGCAAUUGCACGGAUGGAGAGAAGGGAGCACAUGGUGAGGUGGGUCCCCAGGGUCCCCCAGGGAAUGCAGGGCACCCCGGUGCGAAGGGGGAGGCCGGGUUGCCAGGAACCAAAGGUGAGAAAGGGGAUGAGGGCUUAAGGGGGGUGCCAGGACCCUGCUCUCCCACUAUCCAGUCUGGGUUUUCAGCUGCCCUAGAUUCCAUUUACCCAGCUCCCAAUCGCCCAGUGCCCUUCGGUAAAGUCAUAUACAACCUCCAGGGUCAUUUCGACCCCUUCAAUGGCAUCUACAUGGCACCAGUCAAUGGCACGUACGUGUUCAGCUACCAGCUGGUGGUCUUCAGCAAGGUGCUGAAGGUGGGCCUGUUCCUGAACUUCAAACCCGUAGUGAAGACCACAGAGCCGAGCGACCUGGGCUCGGCCUCCCAGAUGGUGGUGCUUCAGCUGAGUCGUGGCGACCGCGUCUGGCUACAAGUAAAGGACACCAGCACCAAUGGUAUGUACGCCAGCAGUGACAGCACCAGCACCUUUAGUGGCUACCUGCUCUACCCCGACUCCUGCGAAAUGCCCCUGUCCCGAGAUUUCCCCACAUACGAGGAGGGAGAUUACAGCUGGGGUGACGAGGACGAACCACCCACCAGGCAUUCAACAACCCCGCCAUAGGGCUCCCACCAGCCCCCUGUGUUCCCCUCUACUUCUCACCUUCCUGCUCCCCAAAGGAAGAAGGUGCCAACUCUCCCACUGAAACAGGACCUCCCUGGCACACUUUGGCCAAGCUCCAUUUAUUCCAGCCCUUCAUUGUCAUGAAAAGCUUAUGCUUUCUCCUAGCCCUCACCACGGUUUGCUCUCCAAAAACAUUAGAAAGGUCACGAACGAGAGCCCGUUUGGUAGUAAGUAGCAGAUUGAUCUGUGGAUCACACCCAGCCUUUUCUUGAAAGAAGCCAGUUUACUGAUUUCAACAACAUGCCUGUGCAGCUUGUUCCACACUCCCAAAACCCCUUUGCAAAAGGAAGUGCCUCCUGUUCUUGGGUUUUAGAUGCACUUCCACGUAGUUUCUACUUGUGUUCCCCUGAUGUGUUUCAUUGUUAAUUCUGAUUACGUCUAUUGCUCUGAUCUCUAAUCUUAUGUUUUAAAUGGACUCUUUAAUAUGCGGGAUGUAGCUAGUUCACCUCUUACCUCUUCCAUAGCCAGAAAACUUGAUCUAGAGCUGCCCGAGUCACAGUGAAAACUGAAAUAUGAGCAUCUCACAGAAUGCCAUCCUUACUAAUAUGUGCAUCGCCGUACCAGUGGGCAGGGAGCCCUGUUUAUGUGAAGUUGGCACCUUUUUAGAAGCCACAUAGCCUCUGUAGGUUUUGACAGUUCUGAUCUGGUGAGAUACCUUGUGCAAUUUAAUUGACGUCUGGUACUAUUUCAAUAGAAACUGGAGUUGGAUCUGUAAGAAAAUUAGACUGCUGGGAAAUCUAUUUUGAUGUUGUCCUCAAAAUAGACAAUCUGGCAAAGAUGUGUGCCAGACCUUGACUUUCCAACCUUUAGAGAAAUUAAAUGUCUUUCCAGAAAAUUGCUUGUUUCUUCAUAGGAGGUUGCCUAAUUUCACAAAGGUUUUAAUUAACAACAGGCUUUCAGUGUGCUGAUUUAAACGAACCGGAUUAAACAAACUUACAAUGAAACUAAAAGGUCACUAAACACAUUUGUUUUAUGCCUUAGUAGGAAUGAACAAAACUUUAACCUGUAUAAGAGCAGGCUGGGAUUAUGCAGGUAUAUGUCCCGAAAAAGGUGCCACUGUCCCAAUGGAAGUGACCCAGAAAAGGCUUUUAGAAGGUGUGAAACUCAUGGAGGAAGGGAGGCAAACAGAAAGAAGCCAAAUGCAGACCUGUCUCCCUGUAGAACUUUUUUCCUAGUAUCCGGAUGCCUGCCUGUCUAAAUAGAGGGUGGAUUGGAUUUAAUGGAUUCCAAAUGUUUCCAAUAAAGUGAUUGUACUUUGUGAUUUAUGAUUCUGUGGAUACAUUUUGUGGUUUUUAUUUUUAUUUUUGCUGUUGUCAUUUGAUUUUGCUCUGUAUAUUAUUAUUAUUAUUAUUAUCCUUUCUAAAUAAAAAAGAUUUAAAUGAAAUGUCUAAGGAAAACGAUCCAGCUACUGAUGGCACAUUAUUCUAAUGGUCUAGGAAGUAGUUCUGCUAUAAUACAGGAUCAUGGAAUAGAAAAUGCUAAUAUUUUUCAGAAUCGAGCACCAUGCAGUCUUGGUCAAGUAGAAACCAUAUUUGAAUGUGAGCCUUCAGUAUGGUAGGGAAUAUCGCUGCACAUAAAUUUUCAGAUAACCAGAAUUAAAAGACUGGUGCUUUAUGGAGAAAAGUAGAAUAAAAGACUAGUAAUACGUUUUGCAGUAUGUGUAAUGGAAACUGAAUGCAUGUUUUUUUGCAUUGCACUCAUAAUAAACAGCGUAACAUUGUAAUCCUGGUAUUACCUAUUCAUCUAUGUUCUAACUGCUUCAAACCCAUAUUACAGAAUUUAAUACCAACAAUUCUCUGUACUGUAGAGCUCAGUUUUUGACAUGUAUGACUGGAUUUAUUUCAAUUCAGCUGCUGUGUGAAGUUAAGAGCUUAUAUUUAAUUGGUUAUAUGCAGUCUUUGCACACAAGGAUUUAUUAAGACACAUCUUAAUGCAAUUAAUGCAAAUGUUGCUAAUGCAUCUUUUACCACAAUUUUCCAGCUUUCUGAAACCUUUAUCUCAAAGUGACUAUCUGGGAAAAUGCCUUAAGAUACAGAAGAACAUAAGAAAAGCUGGUUGCGAGAGGAGGCCUGGUAAAUGGUUUAAAGUCAUUUAAUAUUUUUUAAAGGGUCCCAAGGGCUUCAAUAAUGAUGAACUUUGUACCAGACAUCAUAAUUGUGUAUUUAAAGCAUAGACUCCCAUGAUCUUUCCUGAAUGUUCUUAAUCUGUAAUUUGUCAUUGUGUCAUUGAUUUUGCAGCUGUCGCCCUGAUCAAUUUGGUCAAUAACCCAUCAUGAUUACGAAUAUUUGAAUCUUCUCUGUUCCAGGCGACAGACUUAGCUGACUCAAUCUAAAUUCAACAUCCCAUUCAUGCCAGAAAUUAGUUUCUCUUAUCUACUUUGCACUGCAUCAAGAACAGCAAUACCCAUCUUGCAGCAAAGUGACUAAAAUUGAAUGCAAUAUUCUACACGAAGUCUACCUAGUGUAUUGUAUAAUUCUGAUAUCACUUUUGUUGAUAUAUAUAUUUUGAUUAUAUACCCAAACAUGGUUGGCCUUUUUUUUUUGCUUCUCCACAUUGUCACGAUGAAUCAGCAAUAGUAUUCUCAGGCUUUGCUUUUAUUUCGGUUCUAUAUAAGGCAUACAUUUAAAUUUAUCCAUGCGCUACCUGCACCUUAUACAUUACAUUUAUCCACAUACAAUUUCAUUUGCCAGGUAUCUCCCCAGAUCAGAACAGUGUCUAAAUCCUCUUGAAAUGUGAUUUGAUCUCUACUCUUUCAUCUGUAUAUGCAGGCAUGUUGUGGCUAUUCAAUUGCUUUUCUGCUUUCUCUAGAUGGUGUGACUGGUAGAACGGUAUUUGGAACUCUACCUAGUUGUGUAGCAUGUGCAAAUUCCACACAUUCACUAACUAUUCAGGAUUGUAAAAAAAGUUGGAAGAGUAGUGGUUCUGACACUGAUACCAAUGGCACACCAUAUGCAACCUCACUCCAGCCUGCAGUAACUCCCUUUACCAGUACCCUCUGCCCUCAGCCCAUUAACUGCUUCUCAUUCCAUGUGCUGGUUUUCAUUUCUACAGCCUUCAUGAUGUACAUGGUACGUGAAGUACAUAGUGUGUAUCCUAAAUGUUUCAAUAACUGAAAUGGAAAUAAAGCACAACCUUUUCUCUUUGCAUUACAGCAGGUCUUCUAGUACAUAUUCUUAUGAUACAUUGAAACACAAAUGAUUAAAAAGUCAGAGUGAUAUCAAAUUCACAAUAAAAAUACAAUAUGACCUGUAACCUACUUGUUUGUGAAGAAAAUGCAGCGCCAGUCCUACAAUCAAUUCAGUGACAUAUUACUCUAGCAGUUCUAUAAAUGUUCACUUUCUUCGUGUAUCAUUUUUAAAAUACAAAAUACUAAGUGUCCUGAUGGAAGUGAGAGACAGUCACUAGAAGAUCACACGCAUUCCUAACUGUAUUCCUUUCUCAUGUCCAACGUACAUGAAGUAUUUCAGGUCUUAUUUAUUUUUACUGAUAAGCUUAUUGUUGUUUCAUGGAACUAAAAUCCUUUUCUUAUUUCAAAAUUUAGUGUUGCCAUUGGAGUUGACGACCAGAAUAACUUCUACACAACAAAUUAAAACCUGAAAGACAAUGCAUAAUAAAUUAAUACACAUUAUCCAAACCCUCUAUAUCAGAACUUAAAAUUGACCUUAUAAUUUAAAUUGUAAUGGGUUUGUUCAAUGACAGUUUCCCUCUUAACAGGGGACCCUAGGUAUACAGAUAUCCAUUUCCCUCCACAGCAAGUAUCAUGAUUGUUAAUGGCGUGGUAAUUAACAUGACUGUUUGUCUUGACAGCUGACAGCUUAGUUUGCUUUAUUUUUUUAUUCCAGUCACAUUGUGGGACAUGACAACAAAUUUCAACUCCAUUAAAUAUAAAGACGUAAAGAAAGAGACCACAGAUUGAUGUUAUUGACCAUGUUAUUUUCUGGUUUUCGCAAGUUUUACGUACUCCAAACAGGGAUUUUCUGUAUCUCACAAGCUGAAUUGGUGCUCUUAAAAAUGCUUGUUUCUUGUGCAGGGCUGAUAUACGUCCUUCGCAUAUGCA